AUGACUCUUGGCGGUAGAAAAUUGAUUAGUUUCGGUGUUGAUGUGGAUGCCGUGGCAGGAUGGCUCGGAUCGUAUGGCGGUGAAGACUCGCCUGGAGAUAUAUCUCGAGGAAUGUUUGCAGGAGAAGUCGGUUGUCCAAGAUUAUUAAAGAUGUUUGGAAAAUAUGGAUUAAAAACAACUUGGUUCAUCCCUGGACAUAGCUUAGAUACUUUCCCAGAAGAGAUGAAAGCUGUCAGAGAUGCAGGACAUGAAAUUGGAUUACAUGGAUAUUCUCAUGAGAAUCCAACGGCAAUGUCAGCAGAACAACAGCGCGAUAUCCUAGAACAUACAUUCGAACAAUUAACUGAGUUUUGUGGUAAACCUCCUGUUGGAAGCGUUGCUCCUUGGUGGGAAGUUAGUAAAGAAGGUACUGAAAUGUUAUUGGAAAAAGGAAUCUUAUAUGAUCACUCAUUCCAACAUCAUGAUUGUCUACCUUAUUACCUGAGAACAGGUGAUAGUUGGAAACCAAUCAAUUACAAGGAAAAAGCUCAGACAUGGAUGACCCCGUUAAAGAAAGGUGAAACUACUGGUAUGGUUCAGAUCCCCGCUAAUUGGGAUCUCGACGAUCUUCCACCUAUGAUGUUCGUCAAAGGAUCUUCGAACGGUUUUGUCGAUGCUCGAACUAUCGAGAAUAAAUGGAAAGAUCAUUUCACCUACUGUCUAAGGGAAUACCCUGAUGGAUUUUGCAUGCCAAUCACUAUUCAUCCUGAUGUAUCAGGUCGUCCUCACGUCCUGAUGAUGUUGGAACGAUUCAUCGAAUGGGUCAAUACGCACGAAGGCAUCGAAUGGGUUCCAAUGAAAGAGAUUGCUGAACAAUUCAGAAAAAGUAAUGCUCCUCCUGAAGGAGUAGUCAUGCCAAAGGGAUUAUGA